UAAUUAUUUCAUAAUCAUCUUUGACAGAGAAUUAACACAUAUAAAAAUAAGUAUUGCCACAUGGCCAUGCAUAGACAGCUAUGCCUGAUGUUAUUACACAUGCUGUUAGUUUAUUUGGUCCAAUUACUAUAAAUUGGUGCCUAAGCUCAACAGUGUUUCAUGUACUAGCUUAGCAUUUAUAGUCAUCAAACAAAUAUAGUUUUCAUCUUUAAUUUCUCAGUUUGAGUAAUUAAUAAGAUGGCUAGCCAAAAAGUUCUAUUAUGUUUUGCUCUACAAUUGAUUUUCGUACUCUCUGCCUUUCACCACACUGCAAACGCUCAAGCACAGGGAUUGAAAGUUGGAUUCUAUGCAAAUACAUGCCCAAAAGCAGAGACUAUUGUAACGCAAAUCAUAUUUCAAACUAUGGCAGUAGCACCAUCACUUGGUGCCCCUCUAAUGAGAAUGCAUUUUCAUGAUUGUUUUGUUAGGGGUUGUGAAGGUUCAGUGCUGUUGAAUUCCGCCACUAACCAGUCCGAGAAAUUUGCCACGCCUAAUUUGAGCCUUCGUGGUUUCCAAAUUAUUGACAAAAUUAAGGUUGCAUUAGAAAAAGAGUGUCCUGGAGUGGUUUCGUGCGCCGAUGUAUUGGCCUUAGCAGCCAGGGAUUCGGUGGCUGCGUUGAAUGGACCAACCUGGGCAGUUGAAACUGGAAGAAGAGACGGUGUAGUUUCGAAUAUAACUGAGGCCCUCUUUGGCCUUCCUGCACCUUUUUCAAACAUUACUACGCUAAAAAAUGACUUCACAAGCAGAGGUUUAAGCGUAAAAGACUUAGCAGUGCUCUCAGGUGGACACACCAUUGGAACUUCACACUGCACUGCCUUCAACAACCGUCUUUACAACUUCACCGGAAACGGCGAUACCGACCCCAGCUUGGAUUCUGAGUACAUUGACAAACUUAAGAUGAAGUGCAAGCCUGCUGAUCAGACCACAUUAGUGGAGAUGGACCCAGGAAGUUUCAAGACCUUUGAUGUUGAAUACUUCAGCCUCGUGGCCAAGAGAAGAGGUCUCUUCACAUCAGAUGCUGCGCUUCUUGACGACAGUGAGACUAAGGCUUACGUUGUGAAUCACGCCACAGCCUCCGGAACAGCCACUUUCUUCAAGGACUUUGGUGUUUCCAUGGUCAACAUGGGAAGGGUUGGAGUUCUCACCGGUUCAGCUGGUGAAAUCAGGAAGGUCUGCACCAAGAUUAACUAAUAUGCCAGUGAUGAUCUUCUAGCAUUUUGUUUGAUUUAAAGUACUUGGAUGCCGUAUUUUUGUCAAGUACAAGCGACUCUUCUGUCUGUAUAGGUUGCAGUUGAAAUUUGCAUCUGAUCAGUUUCUUUAUUUAUUAUUUUGAAAAAUAAGUUCCGUAUUUUUGCGUGUACGUACAUUUGAAGGUUCGAAAUGAACCAUGGGGAUGAGUUUCCAGAUCGAUCAUGUGAUGCGUUCAAAUCCUUUGCUUGAACAAUAAUAUUGAUUUGUACUAGGUACUUCCCAUUGCAUCAUUCAUAAAAAAGUGUACUAUAUUUCUAGUCUAUGUAAUAAGAGAUCAUAUGUAUAUGUAAUGAAAUAAUUUCUCGGCAUUUUCUUUUU